AUGUCUGCUGAGGUCGCAUUUGCGACAAAAACUUCGCAAAUGCGAAGACCAGCCUUCGCUAAUGCGGUUGGUUCAUCGCAAAUGCGAAAACUGCCCAGUCGCCCAGGCUUCGCAAAUGCGAGGUUUCUUCGCAAAUGUGAUGGCCGCAUUUGUUUUCAAAACCUCGCAAAUGCGAAGAUACCAGAACCAGAAAUUAAAAACUAUGCAAGAACAUUCCGAAACCAGUUCAAAACUCACUCGAGCCCUUGGGGCACUAAACCAAAUAUGCAAACAAGAAACCCUUGUGGAGAGAUUGAGGAUAAGUUUAGGGGUCUUAUUCUGGUCGUGGAUGAAUGCAUUCAACAAGGUGGAGGCGCUGUAUUUUCAAGUUUAGAAUUUAAGAGUUGGGCACAAAAAGCUUCAAUUGAGGUGGUAAGACUCCUAUUGAAUCAAGGAUUGGCAUUACGUGGACACCGUGAAGAUAAAUCAUCAUUAAACAAGAGUAACUUUCUUGAGAUUCUUUUAUGUUAUGCAAAGAGGUGUGAUCAAAUCCGUGAUCUUGUGUUGAAAAAGGCUCCAAAGAAUGAUCAGUUAACUUCUCAUAAAAUUCUAAAUGAUAUUAUCAUUGCAUGUAAGAAUGAAACGGUUAAAGCAAUUAUGGAUGAUCUAAAUGGUGACUUUUUUGCGUUGCUAGUUGAUGAAUCAUGUGAUGUAUCACGCAAAGAGCAAUUAGCUAUUGUCUUGCGAUAUGUUAAUAGAUGGGAAUAUGUGGUGGAGCAUUUUAUUGGGAUCGUUCAUGUUCGUAAUACUAGUGCUUUGUGUUUAAAGGAAGAAAUUGUUGAUUACCUUGCUCAAUAUUUUUUGAGUUUAUAUUAUGUGUGUGGACAGUGCUAUUAUGGAGCAAACAAUAUGCAAGGGGAUCUACGUGGCCUUAAAACUUUGAUUUAA